UUCUUCUUCUUCAGUGUGCAGAGGUGGCCCAUUCCCUUCCGUCCAAGCCGGCGCGUGGAUAUACAGAGCGCGUGCAAUUAUUGCGCUCCCCACACAAAAGGCUGAAGUCCUCCUGACCUUCCACACAUGCACUGAUACGUCUCUCCCUUUGAGUCUCAAGUUUUGCUGUUAUCGUCCGCCAGCAUUCUUGAUCCGAGAAUCUAUAAACUUAACCACGCUGAUAAUAACUCUGGAUAACUAAUGAAGCUUUUAGUGACUCCGGUAGCUGUGAUUCAGUGAUGGGUUGUGUUUGUUCGAGGGUCUGGAUUGGUGAUAUUUGUGCACCUAGAAAUGGGGAAAUCAAAGAAAGUCCUAAAGAGAGAGAGAUCUCUGUCUUCUCACCUGGUUCUUCAGAUGGUUUAGACGGGGAAGGAAGGGAUCAGUUGAAUCAGCUGAGUUUAACUAGGGAUUCAGAGGUGGGCAUAGCUAGGCUUUCAAGAGUCUCAGCGCAAUUUCUACCUCCAGAGGGAUCACGCAGUGUUAAGGUUCCGUUUGGGAACUAUGAGUUGCAAUAUUCAUACUUAUCUCAGAGAGGGUAUUACCCAGAUGCACUAGACAAAGCUAAUCAAGAUAGUUUCUGCAUUCACACACCAUUUGGAACCAAUCUCAAUGACCAUUUCUUUGGGGUUUUUGAUGGACAUGGAGAAUUUGGAGCUCAAUGUUCUCAAUUUGUUAAGAGGAAGGUAUGUGAGAAUCUACUCAGGAAUAGCCAAUUCAAAUCAAACGCUGUUCAGGCUUGUCAUGCUGCGUUUCUAGCAACAAAUUCACAACUGCACGCUGAUUCUUUAGAUGACAGUAUGAGUGGGACAACCGCGAUUACUGUUUUAAUCCGUGGUAGAACACUGUAUGUUGCUAAUACGGGUGAUUCGAGGGCUGUUGUAGCUGAGAGGAGUGGGAAUGAUAUCAAAGCUGUUGACCUGUCUAUAGAUCAAACUCCAUUUCGAGUUGAUGAACUCGAAAGGGUUAAGCUAUGUGGAGCUAGGGUUCUUACCUUGGACCAGAUUGAAGGGCUGAAAGACCCAGAUGUACAGUGUUGGGGUACUGAAGAAGGAGAAGAUGAUGGCGAUCCUCCUAGACUCUGGGUUGAAAACGGAAUGUAUCCUGGAACAGCUUUUACUAGAAGUAUAGGCGAUUCUAUUGCCGAAACAGUUGGAGUUGUUGCAAAUCCCGAGAUCGCUGUUUUGGAGCUUACUCCAGAUCAUCCUUUCUUUGUGAUUGCUAGUGAUGGUGUGUUUGAGUUCCUUUCGAGCCAAGCUGUCGUUGAUAUGGUUCUAAAACAUAAAGAUCCCCGAGAUGCUUGUGCUGCUAUUGUUGCUGAGUCAUACAGACUUUGGCUGCAAUACGAGACUCGAACUGAUGAUAUCACUGUGAUAGUUGUACAUAUUAAUGGAUUAACCAAUGAUGCUAGUUUUCAGUUAAAAACUGUAGACGGUAUUGUUAGAGCUCCUACUCCUCAAGUUGUUGAGGUUACUGGAUCGGAAUCUCCUUCAACCACGAGCUGGAUGUCCAAGAAUCAACGUGUAAGAAACGAUCUAUCACGUGCGCGAAUUCGAGCUAUCGAAAGUUCUUUAGAGAAUGGAGCGACUUGGGUUCCUCCAUCUCCAUCUCACAGAAAGACUUGGGAAGAAGAAGCACAUAUUGAACGGGCAUUGCACGAUCAUUUUCUUUUCCGUAAGCUGACAGACUCUCAGUGUCAUGUUCUACUGGAUUGUAUGCAAAGAGUUGAGGUUCAAGCUGGAGAAGUUGUAGUAAAACAGGGUGGUGAAGGUGACAGUUUUUAUGUCGUUGGAAGUGGGGAAUUUGAGGUCUUGGCAACUCAGGAAGAAGCAGAUGGAGUUGUCACUAGAGUUCUGCAAAAGUAUACUGCAGAGAAAAUGUCAUCAUUUGGGGAGCUAGCACUUAUGUAUAAUAAACCGCUCCAGGCUUCAGUGCGAGCAGUGACAGAUGGAACACUUUGGGCUUUAAAAAGAGAAGAUUUUCGGGGAAUCCUUGUGUCAGAGUUUGCAAAUUUAUCCUCAUUGAAGUUACUUCGAUCAGUAGAUCUCCUCUCGAGAUUAACAAUUUUACAGCUAAGUCAAAUAGCAGAUUCCCUCUCUGAAAUUUCAUUCUCAAAUGGACAGAUCAUUGUUGAUAAGGAAGAGUUCCUUUCUGGAUUGUUCAUUAUCCAGAAAGGUCAAGUACAGAUUACCAUCGACUCUGAAGUAUUAAACAAUCCGAACAUCGGCAGUCUUCUUUCUGACCUGAGAAAAGAGGAGGAUGGCAUUCAAGGCAAUAACGAACUUUCGGUGGAGAAGAACAGGGGAAGUUACUUCGGUGAAUGGACACUUUUUGGUGAGCAUGUCAGAAUGCUGACUGUUGUUGCUGUGGGUGAUGUUGUGUGUUCUGUUUUGACGAAAGAACAGUUCGAUUCCACUAUUGGUCCCCUAAAUAAACUUUCCCAGGAUGAUCACAGGUCAAGUCCAUCGGAGACAUUUUCAAAAUCCAUUGAUUAUUCUGCACUUGGAAAGAUCAAUCUCUCUGAUAUGGAAUGGAGGAAAUGUGUGUACACCACAGACUGCUGCGAGAUAGGGGUCGUAGCUCUAAACGAUACAGGUAAAUUUCUCACUUUGAAAAGGUAUUCGAAACAAAAAAUAACAAGUCUUGGAAAAGAAGCUCAGGUUCUUAAAGAAAAGAACUUGAUGAAAAACAUAAGUUCUAAUUCGGCCGGAGUUCCAGAAGUUCUUUGUACCUGCGCUGACGCGACACACGCCGGAAUACUGUUGAAUACAAACAUUGUAUGCCCAAUCGCAUCGAUACUUUAUAAGCCACUCGACGAAUCUUCAGCACGAUUUUGUGCUGCCUGUGUUGUCACCGCCUUAGAAGAUCUACACAAGAUUGAUGUUCUCUACAGGGGUGUAUCUCCUGAUGUCUUGACAAUUAAUGUAACAGGAUAUCUGCAGCUAGUUGACUUCAGAUUUGCCAAGAAUUUAUCGGGUGAAAGAACAUUUACAAAGUGUGGGAUGGUUGACACGUUGGCACCAGAGAUAAUCCAAGGGAAAGGACAUGGUCUUCCCUCCGAUUGGUGGGCUGUAGGAGUGCUGAUCUAUUUCAUAUUGGUAGGUGAAAUGCCAUUUGGAUCGUGGAGGGAAAGUGAGCUUGAAACAUUUGCUAAGAUCGCGAAAGGACAAUUAACCCUUCCCGACACUCUUAGCCACGAGGCUGUUGACAUUAUCACCAAGCUAUUGGAAGUUGAAGAAAGCUCGAGGCUUGGAAGCCAAGGCAUCGAGUCCAUCAAGGAUCAUCCAUGGUUUGAUGGUAUGAACUGGAACGACGUUAGAAAUGGAAGCAUGAGAGUUCCUCAGGAAAUCAUGUCUCGUUUAAUGAAACAUCUUGAGAACCACAUCGAUGAAUGUGGAGGAGGAACCGCUGUUUUUGCAUCGCCAGGACAUCUGGAUGAAGCUCCAGAAUGGCUGGAGGAUUGGUAAGUAGUAAAAACUGUAUUUUUUACUAUAAAUGAUUGUAGAGUUUUCUCCAUGAGGGAUAAUGAAAAAGUUAAAACCAUUCUCUGAAUUACUCAGGAUUUAAACUAUAGUCAAAUUUUACUUAGGAGGGGAGAUCAUUCAUGUAAUAAAAAUGUGUUUUUGUUUUGGGAUUUUUUCAUAAACAUUCUUAUUACUUCUUCUGGCAUAUGUAAAAAAAAUUUAAACACAUGUAAAAUAAAAUAUUUUGUUUCAAAUUA